AUGAUCUCAGAAAGAGCGUUCCUCUAUCUCUCCUUCCUAGCCGCAGCCGGACGAGCGGCAGCGUACUGUAACCCGCAAGACGUCAGAGCAGGUCUACCCGAAAUCGUUGGCGUCGAGUAUGGCGAGAUCAAAGCGAGAGGUAUUGAGAACUGGAAGGCUUGGGAGCAGACCAUGACUAUGCCGGCUCUUCCGGCCGAGCAGAAGCCUUUGAACUUCUGCGAGGUUAUGAUUGCGUACACGCAUCCAGGCUUGAACGAUACAAUCAACAUCUCUGUCUGGAUGCCGAUGAAGAAGGAAGACUGGAACGGACGAUUCCUUGGUCAAGGUGGUGGCGGAUGGGCUGCUGGACUAUACGGCGACCAGGCCGCCGCCGUGUCCCUAGGCUACGCAGGAGCACACACAGACGCCGGCCACUCGAUCGUCGGCCCACCCCAGGAAACCAUGAUCAGCUCAACAAGCUGGGGUCUCGUCAGCCCCGGCAACGUCAACCUCCACGCCUUACAGAACUUCGCAUACCGCUCCCUGGAUGAACUCGCCACCAUCGCAAAGAAGGUCAUCCACACUUACUACGAUAAGGAAGUUGACUACUCCUACUGGCAAGGUUGCAGCACUGGUGGCCGCCAGGGUCUCGCCCUCGCACAGCGUUACCCGAAACAGUUCAACGGCAUCCUUGCUGCUGCUCCGGCUAUCAAUUGGGUAACGUUCCUGGUGAUUGAGAUUUAUGCUCAUGUCAAGAUGAACGAGCUUGACUAUCGACCGGCGCCCUGCGAGUUGAAUGCCAUCACAGAGGCUGCUAUCGCGGAGUGCGAUGAGAUUGAUGGUGUUAAGGACGGUGUCAUCUCGGCUGCUGACAAGUGUCACUUUGAUGCGCUUUCUGUCGUUGGUCAGAAAUUCACUUGUGGCGAGAAAGGCUCGAGGAAGAUCACCAGGGAGGCUGCGAUUAUUGCUAAUGCCGUGUGGAAUGGUCCGAUCGAAGAUGGCGAGAGAGUCUGGCAUGGCCUUUCUCGAGACGCAGCGCUCCCAGGGCUCGAGCCUCUCUUCGGCGGCCUUGCGUCAACUGAAUGUGAUUCCAAGGACAAGAACUGCAAGAGCAAGCACUUUGCGAUGAGUGCCGACUGGAUCAAGACCUGGCUCAUGAAGGAUGCUGACUUUGAUCUCAACUCCAUCGAUGAGGAGAUGUUUUACGACCUGUUGCGACGCUCUUACAUGGACUACGACUCGUUGAUGGACUGUGCGAAUGCUGAUUUGAAUCAGUUCAAGGAAGCUGGUGGAAAGGCUAUUAUGUGGCAUGGCCUCGCCGACCAACUCAUCUUCCCCAAUGGCAGCUUAGACUACUACGAACGCGUCUCAAGCAUGGUCCCCGACACCAGCGACUUCUUCCGCUACUUCCCCGCCCCUGGCGUAGCCCACUGCUUCGGCGGAAGUGGUGCCUUCCCACUCACUGCCAUCAACUCGCUCGUGGACUGGGUCGAGAAGGGUAAAGCUCCAGAACAUCUUGAUGGCCAGGUCUUGCCGGCGCCAGGUACUGAGUCGACUGGUGCACCUGCUACCAAGCCGAUCUGUGCUUGGCCGAAGAAGGCUUCUUUCAUAGGUCAGGACCCGAACAAAGCUGCGAGCUAUGAGUGUUCGACCCACUAUGCGUUCAGGUUGAAGCCGGGGCAGACGCUGGAGGAUGUUAUGAGGGAUGAGCUUUGA